AUGGAAAAACUUGGGGAGUGGAAGAAAGACCUCAAAUCUAUUUCAUUCAUUGCUGGUGAAGAGAUCAACAGGUUCAGUGAUUGCGACAAUAUAGUGUCAGCAGUGCAAAAGGAUGUAGAAAAGAAGGGGCACUUAUAUGUCGCCAAAUAUCCGGUAGGACUUCCUAAGCUUGUUGAAGAUUUUGGAAAGCACUGCAUUGAUAAGGUUGUACAAGAUUUUGAUAUCCAGUGCAAGAUGAACAAACAAAGAGAAGGGAACGCUAAGACAGUUGGCAUUUUCGGCAUGGGUGGGGUCGGAAAAACAACGCUUUCCAAAGAAUUGUUCAACGGGAAACGUUCAGAUUAUAGCCGAUCCUGUUUUUUGUUUGAUGUUCGGGAAGCCUCUGUCAAAUUCAGUGUGCCCUCUUUGCAAGUUAAGCUCCUCACAGAUAUCUUUGAUGAAAAGGAAAAAGAUCAUCCAAGGUAUCCAAGCGUAGAGGAUGGAAAAAGCCGUCUCAGUGAUCAUAUACAAAGGAGCUACAAUUUGAGCUUCCUAAUUGUUCUAGAUGAUAUUGAUCACCUAGAUCAGUUAGAUGACCUAUUGAUCAAGGAUAUGCUGGAUAAGUCUGGCAAUAGUCUUGUAAUCGUCACAACUCGUGAUGUAGGAAUUCUAAUAAACGCAGGAGUCACGGUUGCUUAUAAUUUGAAAGGAAUGGAUACAGAUGACGCCAAAGAGCUGUUUUCUUGGCAUGCAUUUAGUCAGUCUUAUCCAUCUAGUGGAUACGAGAAGCUGGUUGACCUCUGA